AAAACUACCUCUACAACUGCCUCCGAGAUGACACCUGCCUCCGAGAUGGAGAAAUUGCGGGAGGAGCUCCGCACAUAUACCGCCGUGGUCGGUAUGCUGCUCGUGGAUCUGGAGACAGAUCCGCUUUAUCAGGACAAGUUUAUGAAGAUGGGCUUGGAGAUGGAGAUCGAGAAAAAGAAGCUCCUUGUUGCUAGCCUGAGAAAGAAGAUCCAGGAAGCUUCCGGGGAAGCUUCCCAGCGCAAGGCCCCAAAACCGACCGGCGAGUCAUCUCAGUCAGCCAUGAUGGCCAGCAAGUAUGCACCAGGGUCUCAAUCCAAGCCCAGGGGGGGCGAUUGGAUACUCUACUGCAGCAGCAAAAGCUCCACCGGCCACUCCUAUGAGAGACCAGCAGAAUUCGGGUAA